AUGACGGAAAAUAGCAUCGCUUCGAUUUUGACCGGGAAACCUAACACCGAGUCUAAGGUCAGCAAAUCUUUCAGCCGGAAGAGCCAGGUUUCAUCUACAGCAAGCUUAAAACGUGAGCCCAAACAGGGCUGGAGAUCGCAUGGAUCGCACUGCUUGACCUAUGCUCUUGAUACCAAAUUGACAGCACCAGUGAAGGUUGCAGCCUUUGAUCUCGAUGAUACAUUAAUCACAACCAAGUCGGGAUACAAGUUCGGAUGCGGCUCUUUCGACUGGAAAUUCAAGUUUGACGUGCCCGGAAUAUUCACCAAGUUGCAAGCCGAAGACUACACAAUAGUGAUUUUUUCGAACCAAGCGUCGGUGGUCAACGCACCUGACUCCAAAAGCUUGAAGAUCCUGACCACGAAAAUAGACGAUAUCAUCAAGCAUUUGGAAAAACCAGUCAUCUACUACGCAAGCACAAGAAAAUCAAGGAAAGACAAGUCCAAACACGACUUGGACUUAUACACCCUCUUCCGAAAACCGAACACUGGUAUGUUCAGCCAGUUUCUAGAAGACUACCAGCUCACAGAAGAAAUGCUAGACCGAGACAACAGCUUUUUCGUGGGCGACGCCGCUGGACGACCAGGGGAUUUCAGUGACUCUGACCUCAAAUUUGCCGAGAAUUUGAAGCUCCAGUUCUACAGUCCAGAAGAAUAUUUCCCAAGCAUGAAGCACGUAACCAACGAGGAUGGUUGA